CCGAUCUGAAGAAGAGCGUUACGUUGACCUUGUACGGUAAGCUCCUGUCAGUGAUGUUCGUGCGCAGUUUCUAGAAAGUGGAAAGCGCAGCAGGUGAUAUAUUAUAGUUGCAGAUGGAUAAGGAUAGAGAAAUACAAAAAUGGCAGCCGGUCGGUGACUUUAAUGGACACGUGGACACUGAAAGACGGAUAAUAGAUUAGAUCGGGUAACACAAUCCACGGUGGAUAGCGAUUAGCGCUCAUGACACGGCUGGAGUUGGAUGGUAGUGGAGAUAUUUUUUCCUUUUUUUUUUUUAAAGGUUUUGUUUCUUUACAUUCUGUUGUGUGCCCCAAUUCUUCAGCAGAGUUGGUGUCUUUUGAAAGCCCAAGUUAGGCCCGGUCCACAAGAGAGCAAUUUCAAACUCCACCCGAUUCGGAAGAAUCUGGCGCGAUUUCUGAUCCCUAUCCGCAUCAAAACCCUAUUAGUAAAACCUCCGUUUCUCCGAUAUCCCCAAACCCAGUAAAAACCCAGAUAAUCUAUUCCCCAUAAUCCCACAAAUGCAGAACCAGAACCGGGUGUUUUGCCCCGAAAACGAAGAGCUCGUAUCCUUCAUGUUGCAGAAGAGGCAAGAAUUGGCUGAAAGGCCUGAAGGGAUAUCAGAGAACAUAGACAUGAUUCUUUCUAAGGCUUACAACAGUGUGUGUAGCUCAAAGACUCCAAUCAAAACUCUCAAGGACUUAUCUCAGAUUAAGGGUGUAGGUAAAUGGAUUCUGAAAUUAAUGCAAGGGUUUUUUGAUAGUGGUUCAGGAAUUUCUGAGCCAGAAGACUUGACCAAAAAGGUUAAGAGAGCCAAAGGAGCAAAACGCUAUGUGCCACAAAAAAAUUCUGUUGCGUAUGCAUUGCUGAUUACCCUUUACAGGGGAACUUCAAAUGGCAAUGAAUUUAUGCGUAAACAGGAGCUUAUUGAUGCAGCUGAAGCUAGUGGGCUAUCUCGGGUUUCUAUUUUGCAGGAAAAAGGAAAAGGGAAACCUGGACAAUUUGGAAGUUCUUCCAGGGACUGGUAUAGUGGGUGGAGUUGCAUGAAGACAUUGAUAUGCAAAGGAUUAGUUGUUAAAUCAAGUUGCCCUGCAAAGUACAUGCUGACUGAGGAAGGGCAGGAAGCAGCUCGUGAAUGUCUUUUGAGAUCUCGUUUGUUGGAUCCUAGAGAAGGUUCAGCUAAUGUAGAGGUUUCUUCUGAUGUGGACAUGGAUAAUGCAUCAGAUCUAGAGUCUGCUCACCCUGGUUCAACUUCUUUAGUGAUAUCUUCAUCUGUUGGUUUAAGCAGGAAGAAGAAAUCAAUUGAUGUUCCUCUAGAAUCUCUUGAGAGGUUUAUGCGCAUGGGAUACACUAAGGAACAAGUACUUCAUGCUGUAACUGAAGUUUCAGAGACUUCCCAGAACAAGGAGAUUUCAUUGCUUUGGCCAGCAGUUCUUUGUCGUCUUCGAGAAGAUCAAGUUUAUGGUCUCCAUUCAGAACCUCAAACCCUGAGAAAGGAUUGUCAAGCUAAGUCUACGGCUCACACAUUUACAAAUGUUCAAGUAGAUCUUGUUGAUAAUCAGAGUGUUGGGAUGGAUUUGACUUCUGAUGAUGGAAAUAUUCCAAAUUUGCAUUCUGUCUGUUCUGCACCUGAUGCAUUUACCUUGAGAACUUGUUCAUCAUCUGGUUCUGCUGCGAAGAAGCUGAGUUUGGGUGGCCUGGAAGAAAACAUGAAUAUUUUACGCAUGCCGCCUCUGAACUUAGGGGAGAGAUUUGAGGAUGUGUAUGAAGUAAUAUUGAUACUGGAUGACAGAGAGCAUUAUGCCAUUCAGGGGUCAAAGUACAGUAAACUUAUUGAGAGCAUUUGCAAAGAACAUAAAAUUAAAAUAGUGGUUAGGCGGUUACCUGUUGGAGAUGGAAUCUGGAUAGCUCGCCAUAAGUAUCUGUUCUGUGAAUACGUGCUUGAUUUUAUUGUUGAGAGAAAGAAAGUUGAUGACUUGCGCUCUUCAAUCAGGGAUCAUCGCUAUAAAGAUCAGAAACUGAGGCUUCUGAGAUGUGGACUUAAGAAGCUGAUAUAUCUUGUGGAAGGUGAUCCAAAUUCCUGUGAAGCAGCUGAAAGCAUCAAAACAGCUUGUUUUACAACAGAGAUUCUGGAAGGAUUUGAUGUGCAGAGAACAAGUUGCCUGCGUGAUACACUGAAGAAGUAUGGUUAUCUCACUCACUCAAUAACUCAAUACUAUGGAUCGCAGCUGCCUGAGUAUAAGCCAAACUGUGCUGGGGUCUGUCCUCCUUUUGAUGAAUUUAUCAAAAGGUGCCAAGACCUGGACAAAAUGACAGUCUGUGAUGUAUUUGCCAUUCAGCUCAUGCAGGUACCUGACAUUUCUUGUUCCACAAGUAACAGAGGAAAUUGCCAUUGCUGUUCUAGAUCUGUAUCCAACACUUGUAUCUCUUGCCCGUGCCUAUUCUCUGCUUGAUGGUGAUGUCUGUGCACAAGAGGAGAUGCUUAGGAAGCAGAGUAACAAUGCUAUUAAUGCAACUGCUAGUAGGAAUAUCUUCCGAUUGGUCUGGGGCAAUGACCAAUGAGUAGUCUUCUGUUAAUGAGGACAUGAUGUCGAUUUUCUGGAAGCAAAAGAUAUUUGCUUCAUUAUUGCUGUGCUUUUGUCUUGCAAUGUAAAAAAGAUCGUACACUGUUAUUAGAACAAGAUCAUGAGUAGCAAUUUGUAUAUUUUGCGGUAGAAUCAUUUUUUUGAUUGUAAAGGUCAACAAAUAGAUAUGUUCUGUGUUUGACAGUAAAAUAGUUUGUUGUGUUACAGUUGCAUAACAGUGAUACUCAACUCAA